GUUUUCCCCUGUGAGUCACCAACUAAAGCUUACUAACUGAAUUUCCCUAUUAUCGGUUUAAACAUUUUGCUGUUCGGACAGUAACACGGUCAGUGACUCUAUUUUCGGACAGAUUAGAUGACCAAGGGGACAAUGUGGGACAAGACACCUUUGUGUGUAAUGUUGGUGGUUCUAGCGGUGGUUUUGUCAGUAGAAGGAACAGGUAUAGGAGGAAGUAUGGCAAAAGAGUUUGAUUCAAGAUGCAACAUGCCGAACAACAGGACACAGAACGACAACCAAUGGCCGUUCGUCAUGUUUUUCCAGAGUCCUUUCAUCGAACCACAAGGAAAACACAUAACGGGCAGGCCAGGCGGCAACACCCUCAAGUAUUCAAAAGUUGUGUUGCACGAAAAUUGUGGAGCGACUAUCUACAUCAUGGCGGUAUCAGCCUACAUAAACACGCUGUGGCCAGCGGGUAUCACACCGACGUUUGACUGGAGCUGCACGGUGCAGAGGACUACCAACACGACAUUUCCAACUGUUAACGUCAUAUUUAACAGUACAAUAGCAGACAUGAAGACUUACCCCGACAUCAAGAAGGAGUGGUACACGGAAGGUAAGGGAACGGACCGCCGCAUCCUCAUCAUUAUCAACGUGGCGAACCUCGACACGAGCCACGGCGUGAUUCUGGACUGGGUCUGUCAGGCUGAAGUGAAGGGUGGUCCCGCCGCGCUCAGCAUUGAAAACGCUCACUUCAUCUUUUACCCAAUAGGAUGCCCCAAAGGCAAAUAUGGCGGGGAGUGUGAGCACGACUGUAAAUGUCCUCCCAUCGCCGCCUGUCAUACAUUCACCGGGGCCUGCAAAUGUCCGCCUGGCUGGAAGGGCGACUGCGAAAUUAAACCGUCGGGUGGAUCUAAAGCGGCGACCGUAGUCCUCAGUGUUCUACUGGUGCUGAUGGUGGUGGCCGGCCUGGCAUGGUGCUGGCGAAGGAACACUAGAAUGGCGAGGUACCGGACAUUGGAAGACCUGUAAAAAGGCCACAAAGGAACCCGAAAUUUUACUGUUGUCAGGCCUUGAAAUUAAAUUUUCUUCCUUUUGCCCCCCCUCCCUAAAAUUCUAUUGUCCCGAUGUGAGGAUGAACAGUCCCAACCUGCUUUGCGGGACGUAUUAAAUUAUAUAUAUUAAAUUGAAUUAUUUUGCUCAUGUUCACUCCAAGGCGCACUAUAAUUGGCAGAAUAGACAGGAAAUUCAGGAGGAUUUUCCGGAUCCAAAAGUGUGUCUUAUAAUCAAAAGAAAGGCUUACAUUCUGAUGUUGAUUAUUUUCUUUGACCCAAAACUUUCCUAAAGUUUCUUUUCUGUAGUACCAGCCUACAUUUUAGUGUCCAUUGGACCACCUUAAAUUUCGAGCCCUGGUUAUUUUAUUCACCGACUUCAGUUUUACAUGAUAAAGGAAGCUAUGUAAAAUGUUUGGUGUACUAGACAUGUUCGGAAAGAUACAAACUUUAUAUGCUGUUAAAUUAGUGUUCUAGUUGCGUCUAGUGUCAGAAACGCUGUAGGAAAGAGAUAGAACAUGUUAACAUGUAGGUUUAAUGGCGUUAAUCUGUAGGUAAACAUUUUUGUUGUCAAUAAUGCUGAUAGCCUAGAAGUCGGGAGUAAUAUGUGACGAUCGCUUAAAAGUUCUAACAUAAGUGUGUAUUAAAACGCAGCUUUUAACACAUGAAGAAUCAGCGGUGUACAGAAACGUUGUGUAGUCUAUGUUUAUCGGCAAGAGUAUGGUAUAGAACAUAUAAUUGUUUGACUUGCAAAUAAUCUUUUGAACAUGGCUUUUGUAACUGUGAAGUCAACUUCUAUAGGUGGCCGAGUGGUCCUUAUGUAGAGGUGACCACUACUACAGGUUUGACUGUAUAUCAAUGACUAGGUGACCGUUAUGUAGAGGUGACCACUACUACAGGUUUGACUGUAUAUCAAUGACUAGGUGAUCGUUAUGUUGAGGUGGCCACUAGUACAGUUUUAACUAUAUCUCGAUGACUAGGUGAUCGUUAUGUAGAGGUGGCCACUAGUACAGGUUUGACUGUAUAUCAAUGACUAGGUGAUCGUUAUUUAGAGGUGGCCACUAGUACAGUUUUGUAUAUCGAUGACCAGUUAAGUUGAGUUAAGUUCUUGAAUAGAUCUCAAAGGUUGGGCUUUCAAAUUGAAACGAUAGGUGGCAUGAUUUAAAACCCCUGAUACUAGUACAUGUAGUUCCGAACCAAACGGAAAGUGCAGAGGUAACGGAAACAGCUCCGCCUAGAGAUCCAAUGGUUCAUUGCAGUGUUAGAACAUCUGGGACGUAGGGCUAAAAUGGCCAUGGCUGUACCUGAUACGAAGGGUAUUUUAUAUCAACCAUUUUCGCAUGUGAAUGCCGGAUAUAACAGUGUUACAGUCGGUAAAUUGCCCAGAAAAGUCACUGACAACAGAUAUGUGACCCCAUGACUCCGCUUUAUUCAGUAUGUACGGAACUCCGGAUGUUUCCUUGUCUCAUCACAAGACAU